ACGAGAACCUGCGAGCUCUCUCUUCGGGCGUGGAGUGGACAGUCCUAUCCGGAGACGCCAGCAUCUACCACUUCCCGGGCCGCAGUCCCGUCGUCCAGGUCCGAGUGACCAUCGAGAGAAGUCGUCUGCACUACAUCCUCUUCAUGAUCCUGCCGUGUCUGGUCAACUCCCUGCUGACGUCAUUCGUCUUCUGGAUACUCUCCGACUCCGGGGAGAAAAUGUCCUUUCUGGUGACAAUGUUUAUCACAGCAACUCUGCAGAUGAAUAGUGUCAGCAAAGACAUCCCGCGUGGGUUCACCUCACUCCCUAGACUGCCCCUCUUCUGCCUCACCGCCAUCAUCAGCAGCGCGCUGGGCAUGGUAGCCACAGUCAUCGCCAUGAACAAGCAGAAACACGACCAAAGGAAAGGUCGAGGUCGUCUGUCCGACUGCUACAACACAAAGGGAAAGGAAGUGAUGUCAUCAUCGGGAAAACCCGCGGAGAAAACGGAAGAGGGGAAGGUGGCAGACGAUUGGGCGGCAGCUGAUGAACCGAGGAAGACAACUCUGGGUCACAGGAUUGCUGCCUUUUUCCAGAGAAGAUCGACGAAAGUUUCAGACGCGUAUGUCAAUGUGGAUGGCAGACCUAGAUUCCCUGCGGAAUUGGUUCCAACAAAGAAAUUCUAA